UGCACCAUAUCGCUCCUUUUCGCUUUUAGGUUUAUCGGACAUCAGCUGCAACUGACUUGGGCAAGACAUGGCUGGAUACUUGAAGGUCCUCAGCUCUUUCUCGAGGUCUGCUGUUACUCUUUCCAAAAACCCUGCAGUGCUCGCACCAGCGACCAUCCAGAGUUUGCAACAGAGGAACUAUGCAGACAAGCGUAUCAAGGUGUCCCAGCCAGUGGUGGAGAUGGACGGAGAUGAGAUGACCAGGAUCAUCUGGGAGUUCAUCAAAGAGAAGCUCAUCCUGUCCAACGUGGAUGUGGAGCUGAAGUACUAUGACCUGGGUCUUCCAUACCGUGACCAGACUGAUGACCAAGUCACCAUUGACUCUGCCAUUGCCACUAAGAAAUACCACGUAGCAGUCAAGUGUGCCACUAUUACCCCUGAUGAAGACAGGGUUGUAGAAUUUAGCCUGAAGAAGAUGUGGAAGAGCCCCAACGGAACGAUCAGAAACAUUCUGGGCGGCACCGUCUUCCGUGAGCCAAUCAUCUGCAAGAACAUUCCCAGGCUUGUUCCCGGUUGGACACAGCCCAUCACCAUUGGCAGACAUGCUUUUGGUGAUCAGUACAGAGCAACAGACUUUGUUGUGGACCAACCAGGCAAGUUCAAGAUGAUCUUCUCUCCUGCUGAUGGCAGCACAGGCAAGGAGUGGGAAGUGUUUGACUUCCCUGCUGGUGGCUGUGGAAUGGGCAUGUACAACACAGAUGAGUCUAUUACAGGCUUUGCUCACAGCUGCUUCCAGUAUGCUAUUGGCAAGAAGUGGCCUCUCUACUUGAGCACCAAGAACACUAUUCUGAAGGCCUACGAUGGCCGCUUCAAGGACAUAUUCCAGGAUGUUUUUGAGAAGAACUACAAACCCGAGUUUGACAACCUGAAGAUCUGGUACGAGCACAGGCUUAUUGAUGACAUGGUGGCCCAGGUGCUGAAGUCCACUGGAGCCUUUGUGUGGGCCUGCAAGAACUACGACGGGGAUGUCCAGUCUGACAUCCUGGCUCAAGGCUUCGGCUCUCUGGGACUGAUGACCUCAGUGCUGGUGUGUCCUGACGGAAAGACCAUUGAGGCAGAGGCAGCCCAUGGAACUGUGACCAGACACUAUCGCGAGCACCAGAAGGGAAGGCCGACCAGCACCAAUCCCAUCGCCAGCAUCUUCGCCUGGACCAGAGGGCUGGAGCACAGGGGAAAGCUUGAUGGGAACCCAGACCUCAUCAAGUUCUCCCAGACUCUGGAGAGAGUGUGUGUCGAGACCGUGGAAAGUGGCGUCAUGACUAAAGACCUCGCUGGCUGCAUCCACGGCCUGGCCAACUGCAAGCUGAACGAGCAUUACGUCAACACCACUGACUUCCUGGAUGCCAUCAAGAACAACCUGGACAAAGCUCUCGGCAAGUGAAAGAUUGAAGAAGUACAGCUAGCUUGAAAGUGACAUUGUUGUCAUUUAAUGUUUUUGUACCUCAUUUGUAACUUAAUAGGUCAAGAUAUCCACACGCAUACUGUCAAAGGAAGAAGUACUGUGUAGAGAAUGAUGUACUGUGCCCUUACUGUAGGUUCCUGCACCUUACUGUAGGUUCCUGCACCGUCUUGAGCUAUUAUAUUAUAUCUAAUGACUUCUCCUUUUACCAUGUCCUCACCUCUGACGUUCUAUUUUUGUAUUGUGAAGUACUAUCAAAUACUGUACCAUAAGUUGGGAGUGAUGGCCAUGUCAAAAAUACUUGCUAAUAAAUCUGCCUGGUUUAAUCCUU